GUGACGUAGUAAUCUUUCAUUGUUCGCGUGUGUGUGGAUUUGUGCUGUUUUUACGAUUUAUUUAAUUAUUUUUGCAUCAAAAUAUAGCCAAAACAAUUUUAUAUUGUUAUCUUAGUGAUCGCCGUAAAGAUCACCUUAGAAUCUACUGGUGUUUACAGACUAAAACCAAAUCAAAAUGGGUGGAAAGGCAGAAAAAGGCACACCAAAGUACAUAGCGAACAAAAUAAAAGCUAAAGGCCUCCAGAAGCUGCGUUGGUACUGCCAGAUGUGCCAGAAACAGUGCCGCGACGAGAAUGGUUUCAAAUGUCAUACUAUGUCGGAGUCUCACCAAAGGCAGCUGUUGUUAUUUGCUGAUAACGCUUCGAAAUACAUUGACGAGUUUUCUAAGGAGUUUGCUGACGGUUACGUGGAACUGUUGAGGCGGCAGUUUGGGACGAAGCGGGUGAAUGCAAACAAAGUUUAUCAGGAUUAUAUUUCGAACAGAGACCAUCUCCACAUGAACGCCACCCAAUGGGAGACGCUCACAGAAUUCGUCAAGUGGCUGGGCCGAGAGGGCAAGUGUGUGGUGGACGAGACUGAGAAGGGCUGGUUCGUGGCUUACAUCGACCGGGACCCUGCGGCUGUUGCUGCCAUGGAGGCUAAGGCGAAGAAGGAAAAGAUGGACAAAGAUGAUCAGGAAAGAAUGCUAGAGUUUAUCCAGAAGCAAGUAGAACGGGGCAGGAAAGAGGGAGACGACGGCACACCCUCCUACACCGAGUUCAAGCGAGAGAGCAGUCAGGAGCGAAUCUCGCUCAGUCUCACCCUUAAGAGAAAAGCAGAUGAUAAAAAACUAGAACUCCUCACGUCUGCGUUAAAAUCUAAAAGCAAAGAAGAGUCCUCAAGCAAGAAAGUGAAAGAAGAGCCUUCUAGCAAGAAGACAAAAGAAGAUAAAGAUAGAAGUAAGAAAAAUGCCCUGGACGAGAUCAUGGAGAUGGAGCAACGGGCCAAGGAAAAAAAUCAAAGGAAAGACUACUGGCUAACAGAAGGCAUACUUGUCAAAAUAGUGACCAAAUCUUUAGGGGACAAAUACUACAAGAGAAAAGGAGUCGUCGAAAAGGUGAUAGAAAAGUAUGGCGCCCAAGUGAAGCUGGUGGAUGAAGGCACCAGGAUUAAGUUAGACCAGAACCACCUGGAAACGGUGAUACCCUCCCCUGGACGCAGCGUUUUGUUCGUCAACGGGCCGCACCGCGGCGCUAAAGGAAUACUGAAGGAGAUAGACACGGAUAACUUCUGCUGUCUAGUGGAGAUAACUAGCGGCUCGCAAUCCGGGAGAGUAGUAAAAGACGUCCAGUAUGAAGACAUCAGCAAAAUGGCGGCGUGACAGCCGUGACCAUGGAUCUAGUGUAUAACUGGAUCAGGCAUGAGGGGUGGGGGGAAGUGACCGAACGGGAUAGUCUUAUGUAUCUUUCAGUAGGAGUAGCAGCGAACGCGCUAUUAUUGUUUGUCCUUGUCACAGUCUCACAUUUUUUAUUCCCCACCGUAAAUUUAGUAUGGAUUAUGGUGGGUAAUAAAUAAAUUCGACCAAUCAUAGUGUAAUGCGACUGCGACACAUAAUAGUACUACCGUACAGAAAGGACACUUCCUACAAACCCGAAGUUUGACAGCGAUUCAGGGUCGAAUCAUGCUAUGCCUUUCUAACUUAUGACACUAUCCCUUUCGGCUAUUUAGGGUUGUCAAAAUUCAAGUGGUUAUCUUAUAUGUGGUCGUGCACGCAAAGGGACGUCAAGUUGUGUCAACCCUAAUAAUUGCUCGGAGCAAUGCUGAGCCGAACGGAGCCGAGUUUGCCCGAAGUCAGGAGUGUCUCCCCACUACCAGCAGCUUAAAGUAUGAUUUUUAAACCGUUACUUCGGUCGGCCACCAUUACCUUUCUACAUACAAAUACAAAUGGUGAAAGCAUAGAUAAGACAUCCUCCAGACUGAGCAUAGUAGCGCUACCCCCUCUGCCACAAAUAUACGAUAGUUUUACUCCAUUUUCAAGUCAAAGUGUCUUUGUGUGACGCCCGUGUCUUUGAACGGACCAAUCACGACACGGGACUCGCUCACCUCGUCCCCCGCACCCCCGUAUUUUUGGCAGCAUCGGUUUCAUGAAAUAAUUGCUCUAAACUCCGUCUAGAGGAUUCCUAGUCUAUGGGUGAAAGUGCAGUCAAAACAAGUUUUAUCUUGUUAAUGAAUGUAAAUUAAAUUAUUUUGAUAUAAGUAAA